GUGUUGGGUGGAGUCAACCCGGAAUCCUCCAAAUUGGAAAUCCAUUGGCACAUUUCAGGAGCAUCAUGAAGGACGGCAUCGCCAACAACAGCACGGCCAGCAUCUCCCAGGCCAGGAAAGCUGUGGAGCAGCUGAAGAUGGAGGCCUGCAUGGACAGGAUAAAGGUGUCCAAAGCCGCCGCUGACCUGAUGGCGUAUUGUGACGCACACAUACGCGAGGACCCCCUCAUUGUGCCCGUCCCCGCCUCAGAGAAUCCGUUCCGGGAGAAGAAGUUCUUCUGCACCAUCCUCUGAUGACCUGCGAGAGGCUGCACAGGUGCAGGCAUGGCGUUGCCUGGCUUCCCUGUCUUCACCACACCUGAAGCUACAUGGCCAUAGGCGUUGAGUUGAGUUUUGCCCGGUGGACACUGUUGUUGGUCAGCUCUGUCCUGGUGGCUGAGGGGUUUUGGGGGAGUCGGCUACCAAACUGGCAACCCAGUGAGCGUAUCAUGUCUUGUUAAAUAGGUUUGUUAUUGCUUUGUUAUUAGAGAACAGCCUUGCUCAGUGCUUAAUGAGAUGAGAGAUCUUUUCCUUUUCUCUUUUUUUCUUUCAUUGUGCUAAAUUUUAACAUGCCUCAGGAGACAGUCAUUUGCCCAGUGUCGACUUCUUUUUGAACAUUAAUUCCCUUUCUCUUUAUCCGACUAGAAAACAUACUUUUUUUUUUAUUGUCUCGAACAUUUGAGCUAAAAGUACGGCUGGAAUUUGACACCUUCCCCCAUUAGUGGUUUCUGUUUCAAUUUGCCUCCAGUCACCGACAAUUAACCUGCUCCUUUUAGCGCCGCAGCACAGCAUUAGAAACCUUAUCUCGCAUUGUUUCGUUUGUGCAGACUGCACUCGUAGUAAGUAGGCGGCUGCACGUUGCGGCUGCUGCAAAUAAAUAAAUUGACUCUCUGCUUAUUGAAAGGUGCAGAGCUAAUGUUUCAGCGGCGAGAUGAUUUCUUCAGGGUUAUCGCUGUGCAAACAGCCCGUAAGUCAAAAAUUAUUUAUGAAUCUGCUGCCUCCCUCGCUGGCCUGCUCUCGUGCAUUCUACCUUUACUGCUCACUCUGAUUUACUCUUCAUACACUUCAGCCACUUCACGUCAGAGACGCUAUCAGUUCAUUUCCUUUUACAAAGUUGUGGAAUAACCGUUCCUGUUUUUUGUUUAUUUUCUUUGAACAGCCUUGUUUGGUCGCUGGGCAUGUUUCCUGAGCGUGAUUCUUUUCUGCCUGUCCUAGAGUGAAUGGCACGGCCUUUGACAUUAAUGCCAAAGUAGAGGCCUGCAUGUUUCUCUGCUCCUCCUCUGUUUCCCAGAGACUGUCAGUCCUUUAGGGUGUACAGUAUGUUACAGUGCCAAUGUCUGUGCGAGCAGCGUGAUCUUCACACUGUGCUCGCGCAGAUUUAUUUUAUUUAUUUAUUUUUUUCUCGUUCUGUUUCUGUUUGUUUUGGACGAAAAAGCACACUGUCGAGACAUUUCCUUUACAUGGUAGUUGAAUAGCAUUUGCUGAUUUUUAUGAUGAAUUGUUAAUGAUCGUUAUUAAUAUUGUUAUUAUCAGUAGUAUUAUUGAAUAUUUGUUGCAUAGCACUGAGAGCUACAUGAUGUGUAGUGCUAAGCUUGUAUGAUACUUACUAAAAAAACAACAUUUAUAAAUCAUGCAAGUAUUGAUACUAUUUGAGUAUUUUUUAAAAAUAAUGGUAAGGGUCGGUUUACAUAAUAUGACCCCGUUUGGUGGUUCUGGCUUCUUUUUUUUUGCAUUAUCGUUUCUGUAAAAUUUAAAGAAAUUUCCUCUUGGUACUUGAAUAGACUUUGCAUUAGGAAUCAAAAUCUGAUAAAAGAUGCUGGACAAACUCUAAAAACUAUUGCAGCCAAAUUUCUUUUAGGACAGUUUAUUUCCUAUUUGAAAACCUGAGCGUGACCUCAGGACAAUCUCGCUGACCUCAUCUUAAGGAUGGUGCCAAAUCUGAAACAAGAAAACAUAACGGCUACAGAUGAAUAUUGCAUGGAUUUAUUUCUACGUAUAGCAGAGAGAACUAUUAUGAAAUGAAACAUUGCCUCUUUCGUUGACGUUUGGGUGCUUCUCUGCACAGAAUAAUCUCACUGGAGUCCCGAUAUGUCGACAAUGUGCAGCUGUGUUCAUGAAUGGUAUUAUUGUUUUGGGAAACAAUAGCAUUUAAAUAGCAGGCUUUGUAAAUCCUUUGAUGAAUCAAAUGAAUUAAAGGAAAAGGGCAACCCA